AUGUUAGCAGGAGCUUUGUCAGCAUUUAGUUUCGCUAGCCCAAGGGAUGUGGUAUCACUAUCAUUAGAUGGCCAGAAAAUUCCGAAGAUCUAUCUAGCCGAUGAUCUCUUCGACAGUGAAUAUUUCACAAUUUUCCAGCCUUCAGCAAUCAAGUCAAUCAAUGGUAGAGAUGCCACCGCUUAUCUUUCGGAUUUCGCAUCGGUAAAUUCGGCGGGCACACUUGAGCCUCAUGCAGAUUGGAACCAGUUGAUGCUAAGUGCAGCUCAAGAUAUUCAAGGAUUCUUCAAUGUAUUCAGUGGCGGUGCGACAUUUUACCCUGGUGAUGAUAUCACUUUCGUUCUGGAAAAUGGGACAUCUUGGACUGAGAAUUUUUUGGCGGUCUACGAUAGCCCAGGUCCAACUGGUCCUCUUCAAACUGGGGGUGACUUUUACAAUUUCUUCGUUUUAGGAUUCUACCCUGCAUCAUACGAUCCAGAUGAGUCAGAAGAUGAUUCUGAUGAUGAUUCGAGUGAUGACUCUUCUAUUUUAUCUGCGACUGCUUCAUCCACGGCCGCCGUUUCUUCGAUAAGUCCAACACCGACAGGAUGGGUCAAUGAUGCCUACCCUGGUAUACCAGAUGUUGCACAAGAAGGCCUUGGAACAUUUGGCGAUGGAGUUGUUUCUGGCUAUUUCCUCGAUUCUACAUCUGUUUCUGUUCUAAGUAUUCCAAGCUUCGAUGUUGAUGGGGACGCGGUCUAUAGCUUUCAGCAAACCAUCACCAAAUUUAUAAAUCAGACAAAAGCAGCCGGUCUCAAGAAGGUUGUGAUUGACCUUCAGCAGAAUUAUGGUGGACAAUCCUUGCUCGCUAUUGAUACAUUCAAACAAUUCUUUCCGAAUAUUGACCCUUUUGCUGGCUCUCGCAUGAGAGCCCAUGCCGCCGCUGAUGUUCUUGGCAAGACUUUCACAUCGUACUGGGAUAGUCUGGCGGAAGAUGAUGAGACAAAAUAUGCCUUGGCCACUGAUGAAUGGGUAAUUACUGAUCGGAUCAAUGCGGACACUAAUCGCAACUUCACUAAUUGGGGUGAAUUUUUCGGACCUAAUCUAUACAAUGGUGAUAACUUCACUAACAUUGAACGAUACAACCUAUCUAGUGCUAUUAUUGAUGCCUCGGGCACCGGCCUAGAUAUCAACGAUGAUCCUUUUGCAGUCUACGGCUAUGAUGCAAAUCCUGCACCAUCUGGAGCUCGGCCACCAUUUGCAGCGGAAGAUAUCAUUAUUUUAUCGGACGGUAUUUGUCACUCGUCUUGUGCUCUUUUGAUGGAAUUUUUCCGCCAUGAAGCAGGUGUGAAAGUUGUUGCGGUGGGUGGAACCCCAACAGCAGGACCGAUGCAAGCCCCUUCUGGAUCUCGCGGUGCACGCGGCUACGAUACUUUUACCCUUGAUGCUAACAUCGAAAUCACUCAACAACUUUUACAAAAUCAGAGCUCACCAGAUGCGACAUUCCUUCCAAAUAGGACGGAGCAACUCAGCGUGUUUGUGUAUUAUGCGGAUAUUAAUCUUCGUGAUCAAGUCCGCAAAAAUGCGGAAAUUCCACUACAAUUUGCCUAUGAAGCCGCAGAUUGUCGCAUCUACUAUACUCCACAAACCAUAUAUAACUAUACCAAUCUUUGGCAGUAUGCAGCCGAUGCCAUCUGGAAUAACUCUAGUCUGUGCGUCGAGGAUUCAACCGGCUAUUCUUCCACAUCGCAGAACUUACCGAAUUUCAUUGGUCCAUCCGGAAGCCCCAAGACUCCCACCAACAUUACCGAUUAUCUUUCUUCCCUAACCACCUCCCCCAUUGCGAAUUUCAUCCUCCAAGCUCUUAACAAUGGUCUCCCAGAUGCGAAUGAAGGAGCUUCUCGAAAUGCCCCCGCAUCCGCGAAAGUCAUUAAAUGUACCAAGGAUGCAGAUUGUCGAGGUGGGAAACUUUGUGUGAAUGUUCCAUCCUGCCAUGGUGGCGGUGCUGUAUCCCAGUGUUUGAGUAAAUGUCCCAGAGCAGGCAUACUAUGUUCUAGGACAGAGACUACUUGUGUACCGCAUAGUACAAACGGAAAGUUGGGGAGUCAACAUAUUUACCAUAACAUUUGUCUCCCAAAUUGUGGAACUAAGAAGAAGUUGAGUUCGAUUAUCCUUAAUGGGUGUGCUGAUUGUACUAAGUGA